AUGAGACCAAAUAUUGAUGCUGUGGAAUUGGAAAUAGGUGGAUCUAUCAUCACCUUUCAACGCCAUCAAAUCAAUGCAUUUAAAGACUCAAUGGUGGCAAUAAUGCUGGUGGUGGUGGUGGUGGUGUUGGUGGAGAUGGUGAGGAUUGCUCUGUCGGAAGAAGCAAUGCAUUGUCUUGGCAAGCGUCUGCGUUAUCGAAUCCCUCUUCCACCCACUGGAGCCACUAAAACCCAAUUUGGCUACUCCACACUACAUGAACAACGCCGACAACGCCCUCUUCAUACCACUAAGUCGACCCUAUUUUGGUCCGUACACAGAAGAAUGUGGCAAGUGAGCUGUAAACGCGACGUCGAAUACGUUAAUGUGGUUUCGUGA